GACUAGCGAAGGUCCAAGAUAGUUCUUGGUGCAUUGAAAAGCUUUUCUAUUGGACCUGUUGAAGCUGAUAAAGGACCUUGACAAGUCGGCCCCGAGCUUUGGUGUCCGAAUAUUUGUUUUCCCGUUCGAUAUAAUAUUAACGGUGAGUUCGUCGUAUUCCCAAGUGAGUUGUUGUAUACCCAAAUUUUCGUUCUUUUCAUACAUUUCACCCCUUCCUCGUCCUCUCCUGGUAUAAGGAUCUUCAUUCGUUUGACCACCAUACAUUCUCUUUACAAAUUCAAGAAAACAUGAAGUUUACGUCUUCUCUCCUGUUCCUCUUCGGGGGACUGGCAUCUACUGCUGUUCUUCACAAACGUACUUCUAGUACUACCGACUCAUUCCACUUAUAUGCGUAUGGUACAGGAAUUGGUGGCCUUCCAGUAUUCUACUCUGAUGGAAAUGCAUUUAUCGGUAACACUGUUCCUGAGGGCUCCAAGGUCAACGCAAACAUCACAUUCACACCAAGUUCCUCCAGCGAAUGGAUCGUCACACCCAGCAGCAGCGGCAACAGCAGCAACUUAGCAUUUACCAACACGACCACAUCCGCACUCGUCAUCAACCCAACCUCUAGCGGACUCACCAACGUGGGAUUUACCGGCGCGGCAGUUGGGAACAGUACCACCAAGGGACUUAGCGUAUCGACUGCUGGAAACGGUACCACCAAGGGAUUUAUCUCGUUUGGAAACUGGGCCAUGUGGAAGGAUCCGAGCACGGAGAAGAUCGUGUCGAAUUUCUAUGCGACGCCGCAUUGUGAUGGGGUGUGGCAGUUGAUGUGGAAUGCGGAGGAUGUUGAUGAUGGGUCGAGUGUGAGUGUUGCCGUGAGGAAGACGGCUCCUAGUCAUUAGAGUUGUGAAGGGGAAGGUUGAGAGAAUUAGGAGUUCUGCAUGCAAGGCGGGGUUGGGGAGAAGAGGGCAGAAGAGGGGUUGUCAGAGAAGGGUCUCUGUUAGGCAUUUCGUGGAGCGAGGGAGAGGGAGCGAAUAUUUGUAUAUUAAAUUCCUCCCCAGAUUAAUCGUGCUCGUUUCGAUAUUAGUAAUUAUUCAUUUCAAUUCAAUCGUUUUAAAGAUGGUUGUUUGUGUAUCUUCAUUAUACUCGAGUAUAUAUAUGGAUAAGUACCUAGGGGGUUGGAGUUCGAAUACUUUAAUUUGA